AUGGAUCCUAAUUUGGGCUUUAACUCCGCGGCAUUGGGCACCUCCAAGCCCACCGGAGUUUCGAGGCCACCUCGCUUAGCCAAGCACCGGAAGACACCAUCGGGUCACCGCCCCUGGUCCACGUCGGCCCGAGAAAUUGACAACCCGUUUCGAUCUGUAUCGGAACAGGGUUUUGGGUUGUUUCAGGAGGAUCAGGGCAUCGAAACUACUCGUAAUGAUCAAGGUUUUAAUACUGUCAGACCGGAUUCUGGACUGGGCGUUGGGUCUGGCCAACUGAAUCAGGGUCGUGGCAUUUUUGGAUCCAAUAAUAGUAACGCUGGAAUUAAUUUGUUUAGCUCUAAUGAUAUGAAUAGUGAUGUAGAGAAAAGUAGAGUUGCUGAUGAAAUGAGGAGACUGCGAAUUCAGAGUGAGAAGAUGGAAUUUGAUAGCGAGAAUGCGAAUAUUAGUAAUAAUAGUAACAGAUGUAACAGUGAUGUGUUUAGUAAUGUAAAUUUGAGUGGUUACAAUUACAAUGAUAAGAAUCGCGAUGUUGAAAGAGUGGUUUCAGAACUACCGUAUGAGAUGAGAAAGAUGUAUAUUGGAAGUGAAAAUUUUAGUAAAGUGUAUGGUGGAAAUGUGGGAGUAGAACUUUCAAGCAAGAUGGAGAAUUUGGAUAUUAAAAACCAUGUUAGUGGAAGCUCAGACACUAUUCUUCCAAACAAGAUGAAGAAUUUGACAAUUAAAGAGACUUUGAGUUCUUCCAACGAUGGGAAGGUUGAUGAUGUUACUUCAAGGGACAAUGGUAAAUUCACAUUUGGAGGCAGUGACGAUGGUAAUGAGAUGGAGAACUUAAAAAUGGGAAGUGGAGUUGGAAACAAUUCUGACCAAAUAAAUGCAAGUUUUGAUUCCUUUGCAACUGUUAGUGACAUCCAGAAGAAUUCGGAUGUUACUAAUGUGAACAGUGUUUUGGGUUUGACUAAUUCAGGAUUAACUUUUCAGGCAGGGAUACUGGAUACAGAUAUUGAUACUCAGGUGCAUCUCAAAAAUCAAGGUAAUACAAGAUUUUCAUCUGGUGGCAUUCAUUUCAAACCAGUUGAGAGUAUCGUGCAUAGAGCCGAGCAGAAGUUUGAGUUCAGUUUCACUAGCAAGUUGGAUAGCGUGGCAACACAAAGCAUGGAGUUCAAAACCCCGGAUAUGAAAAGGAACUUAUUUUUUGGCUUGAACAGAAAAGUGGAACCAAAGAGGGAAUCAGCAAAAGAAACUUGGUCAAAGAAAAAGAGGGGAAAGUGUAGGAAACCUGUCCAGUUGAGAUUUGGGCAAGACUUUGUUUUCAGGGAAAAUUUGCAAGAAAAUGCUGAAUCUUCUGAACCCUAUUCUCCUAUGGAUAUUUCUCCGUAUGAGGAAACCCUGGCAGAUAAUAAUAUUUCAAGAGGGACGUCUGUGGCAUCAGAUGAGGCCUUCCACUUUGAUGAUAUUGAUACCUCAAGUGAAUCAUAUCCAAAUGUAUCAAAUAAUACAGAUGAUGAAGAUCUAGUUGCUGCUACAGAGGGAUUAGAUAUAAAUGAAGGAGAUCAAAAUGAUGGAGAAUUACAAGAGAAAGAACCAUCUCAUUGUCUCAAUGGAGUUGUUGAUUCUGAGGCUCCUGAAGAAGAGGUUUCUGGGGCUGAGACUGAAAGCUUCAAGUCUGCGACCGACGAGUUAGAAUAUAGCACUGACACAUUUGUUACUGCAGCUGAUACUGAAGUAAGUUCCAGUUCCAUAUUUGAGAGAGAAGAUAAUGAUGGAGGUCCCCAGUUUAAGUUUGCUUCAAAUAUAGAACACAGUGGCCAAAGCAGUUUCAUCUUUGCUGCAUCUUCCGCUGAUCAUGGUGAGUCAUCAGCAUCAACACGCUUCCAGAAGAAGAAAAGUCGGAUUAAAGUCAGUCACGACUCAUAUAGUUCUACUCCAGCUGCUAAAGUUUCACAUGCAUCAUCCCACCUGCCUCUUUUUCCAGUUUCUGGAUCUCUGUUGUCAUCUCCUCGGCAGGAUCAGAGAGGUGAUGUAUCUACCCUGUUAAGCCAAAUAAGAGAUAAAUUUGAGCCAGUCAAAGAUCAGGAGUCUGAGCAAGAAAAUAUUUCUCCUACAGCUGCAAGCAUUGCAACUCAGGAAGCCUGUGAAAAAUGGCGACUAAGGGGAAAUCAAGCCUAUGCAAAGGAGGAUUUUUUGAAAGCUGAAGAAUGUUACACUCAAGGGGUGAAUUGUAUUACCCAAAAUGAGACAUCUAGAAGCUGUCAUAGGGCUCUGAUGUUAUGCUAUAGCAACCGUGCAGCAACACGUAUAUCACUUGGCAGAAUGAGAGAAGCAUUAAAAGAUUGUAUGGAGGCUGCUGCUUUAGAUCCCAACUUCAUCAGGGUGCAAGUUAGAGCAGCAAACUGUUACCUUGCCCUCGGGGAAGUGGAAAAUGCAACUCUGCAUUUCAUGAAGUGCUUGCAAGCAGGGCCUGAGGCAUGUGUGGACAGAAAACUUUUAAUAGAAGCAUCUGAGGGCCUUGAAAAGGCGCAGAAAGUAACAGAAUGCAUUAAGGAAUCUGCUGAACUCUUGCAACGAAAAACAUCCAGUGAUGCUGAAUGUGCUUUGAGUUUGAUUACUGAGGCUUUGACGACAAGUGCUUAUUCUGAAAAAUUACUUGAAAUGAAAGUAGAUGCUCUUCUCAUGCUAAAGAAGUAUGAAGAGGUGAUUCAGCUAUGCGAGCAAACUCUUAGCUCUGAUGGGUCCAAGUUUUAUGGGGAUGAUAACCCAUCAGAAAAAUCACACGUUUCUUAUCUACAAAGGAGCCCUACUUUCAAUGUCUGGUGCUGGUCACUAAUUGUGAAGUCCUACUUCUAUUUAGGAAGACUUGAGGAAGCUCUGGCUUUUCUGAAGAAGCAAGAGAACUCAGUUUCUCUCGUGGAACGGAGAGAAAACAAGACUUUGGAAUCGAUAAUACCUUUGGUUGGCAUAAUUCGAGAGCUAUUACACCACAAGGCUGCAGGAAAUGAAGCAUAUCAAUCUGGAAAGCACGCAGAAGCUGUUGAACAUUACACUGCUGCUAUAUUGUGCACUGUAGAGUCACGUCCUUUUGCAGCAAUUUGUUUUUGUAACCGUGCUGCUGCAUAUCGGGCUAUGGGACAAAUUAUAGACGCCCUUGCAGAUUGCAGCGUGGCUAUAGCCCUUGAUGGAAGCUAUAUAAAGGCUGUUUCUAGACGAGCCAUGUUGUUUGAGAUUAUUAGAGAUUAUGGACAAGCAGCUGCAGAUCUUCAGAGACUUGUAUCCCUUCUUAUAAAUCAAGUGGAAAGUAAGAUGAAUCAAUCUGGACCAUCUGAUAAAAUGAAUUGCAUUAAUGAGCUUAGACAAGCUCGACUAAAACUUUCUUCAAUUGAAGAGGCAUCUAGAAAUGAAAUCCCCCUGAACAUGUAUCUCAUUUUGGGAGUUGAUCCAUCUGCCGCAGCAUCAGAAAUUAAGAAGGCUUAUCGAAAAGCUGCACUCAAAUAUCACCCUGACAAGGCUGGUCAGUCCUUGCUUAGAAAUGAAAAUGUAGAUGAUGGGCUUUGGAAAGAAAUAGCAGAAGAGGUACAUAAAGAUGCAGACAAGCUCUUCAAAAUGAUUGGGGAGGCGUAUGCAGUACUUUCAGACCCUACUAAGCGUUCACGGUAUGAUCAGGAAGAAGAGAUACGAAAUACUCAAAACAGAGGCAAUGGAAACAACACAUCAAAAGUACAUUCCGAUUUCCAAAAUUACUCAUUUGAGAGAAGUGGCGGUCGGAGACAACAGUCAGAGGGUUGGAGAUCGUUUGGGAACGCUCAACCUAGAGGGUCAGAAAGAAACCGAUAUAACUGUGAUCCUGAUGAAAAGACUGAUGGUCUUGGAUACUUGCUAACCCAAGAACCUGAAGUUUCUCUAUCAGUUUUGUUUCUUUUCUUUGAAUAUAAGAGACCUGGUGUUUGUGGAGCCCGGAAUGGCAAAGUUCUCUGGUGCUAG